CGCUGUUCACCCGCGGUCGACCUAGUGACCCAGUAACCCGGUAAGUCGUCCGGUUCAGUGUCCGGGUCGGGUUUAAAAACAUUGGUAGUAACAUAUACAACCCAUAUAUCGGUCUUAAAAUAUUGUGCUCAGGCAAAAUCUAGGGUUCCUGUCUCUAUCAAUCAUGGCUUCCGCGUCAAGCAAGACAGUGCCCGAGGCGGCUGAAACCGCUCCCACAACAGAUCCCAGAGAGAAAAUCACUGAAUCUGUUGUCUCUUUGUCUCUGAACAACGAACAAUCAGAUUCUGAUCCAGAGGAGAAUGAUUCCUUCGACCACAAUGAAGAUUCUGACGUAAGCGACGGAGAAGAAGAUAGCAAAAGCGACGGAGAUCACAAUCAAAACGAAGACGACGGAGAUAGCAUUGUGGACGACGGAGACUCAACAGACAGCCAACCGGAAUGGGGAGUGGAUAGCCACGACGAAAGAGAAUAUUGCUCGCCUUAUGAAGACGGUUGGUCAGACGAAGAAGAUGAACGAAAAGCCCGUCUUUAUCGACGGAAUCUCCACUUCAGCCACGGUUUUCUGGUGCAAAAAGGGAUUCGCCCACGUCAAGUAUGGAGUGGCUCAAUCCUGCUUAAAUCUUUGGACAGUGAACGUUCUCCAGUCAAAGGAAGGACUCAGCUCCAAUACGCACAAGACAUGGCCAAACUCUCUCUUCGCAAAUACAAUGCUUUAAACAAAACGAAUGUUAGAGUGGAUCAUGUUGUGAGAGUGACCGAAGCGUCUUCUGGUAGAUGGAUUUCGUACAUCACUUUCAUGGCAAGAGAGUCUGAGGAAGAAGAAGCUACUGAUCUUGUGGAGUAUCAAGCCAAGAUUGUCAAGAAAUUAAGACGCAAGUCUUAUCCCAUCUUCUGCAGGCCAAGUCCCAAGCAAGAUCAGGAUAUGUAGUUAUAAAUGUUAGUGUUCUUUACUCAAGGCUAAUUUGAAUUGAUGGUCAUAUGGCCUUUAUUUCGUACUUCUUGCUUUCAAUUUUUUUAAAUGGAUCGUGGUCCAAGCUACUUGAUAAUGAUUUGUGAUGUGCAAUGCAAUACAUCAACCUAAUGUUUUUUUUUUUUUUUUUUGCUAAAAACAUCAACCUAAUGUUGCUAUGAAGAGUACCAAUCGCAUUCCAAAAUCAUAAUUUUUGUUAGCUCUAACUAUAGUCUAUAGUUCUACUUUAGCCAUAUAGGAGGAGCGUUUGUAUGCAAAGAUGCAAAACACAAGAUAGCAAAUGUAGAGACUUGCAUGGAAUAUUGAUAGCAGAACAAAAGUAAUAGGAAAUCUGGUUUGAUCCAUUAUCACAGGCUUAUAUAUAAAGUUUGUAUU